GGCGGUGCGAUUAAAGGACGACAAAAUUGUGCGGCUAAAAAAAGUGCAGGCUCACGCUCAAGGGCAACUGGAGCAGUUCGAGCAGCAGCCACAGCAGGAGCAACAACAACUUCAUCUGCAACAACAACAACAGCAGCAGCAGCAACAGCAUCAACUGUUGCAACAUCAGCAACAACAACAACAACAACAACAACAACACUAUCACAACUACAGCGCCAAUAGCAAUAAUUACAAAAUGCAUUUAACUACCACAUCGAGCAAUUCGACGGCAUCUAAUGCCAAUAACAAUAACAACAACACAACCAACAACAACAACAACAACACCAGCAGCAACAACAACAACAACAACUCAAGCAACACAAAUGGCAGCAGCAACAACACAAGCGGCAACAACAACAACAGCAGCGGCAACAACAACAGCAACAACACAGAGCAAAAUACACCGCCAACGCCCGCGCAACUCUUAAAUGAGGCAUACACAAAGAUGACCUCUGACAUAUUGGCUGAGCGAACGCUGGGCGACUUCCUCACCGAACAUCCGGGCGAGCUGAUCCGCACCAGCAGUCCGCUCUUCGUCUGCACAGUCCUGCCGCCGCACUGGCGUAGCAACAAGACGCUGCCGGUGGCCUUCAAGGUCGUCUCGCUGGGCGACAUCAUGGACGGAACGAUGGUCACCGUGCGGGCGGGCAACGAUGAGAACUACUGUGCGGAGCUGCGCAACUGCACGGCGGUGAUGAAGAACCAGGUGGCCAAGUUCAAUGAUCUACGGUUCGUUGGAAGGAGCGGCAGAGGGAAAAGCUUCACGCUAACCAUCACCGUGUCAACGAAUCCACCGCACAUAGCCACCUACAACAAGGCGAUCAAAGUGACUGUCGAUGGGCCACGCGAACCCCGUUCCAAGACAAUGUUAUCCCUUUUAGGACAGCAACAGCAGUUCCACUUCGCUUUUGGCCAACGACCCUUCCACUUCUCCACGGAUCCACUUUCCGGCUUCCGGAUGCCGCCCAUUGGCAAUUGUCAGAGUGCCAGCAACACUCACUGGGGCUAUGGAUCAGCGGCCUCAGCGUAUUCGCCGUACUUGGCUAGUAGCGGACUAUCAUCUUGCACCACGCCCACUUCCGCCCAGUUCAACAAUCCAGCCCUGGGCUUCACCUGCUCCUCGAACGAUCAGACCAACAACCAGGACUUCGGAGGAGCCACCAAUCGCGACUGCGUGCCGAUGCUGCCCGACUCGACGGCUAGCGAUCUCGAUCAGCACCUAAGCAGCCUGGUGGGUUCGACCAGUGGCCAGAUGACGCACCACAGCCUGCUGGGCGCCGGCGGCCAGACCUCGAUCUCUUCCACCGUGAACGGGGCGAGCGGAGGCGGAAGUGCCGGAGCCGGAGCCGCCGGCGGUGGUGCGGGCAGCGGUGGUGGUGCAGGCGGUGGUGCCGGCGGGAACUCCAUCCUGGUGCCGCGUUAUCACACGAAUGCCAGCAACGAGUACAAUGUGCACUCAAGUCAGAAUGGACCGCGAAGCUUAUCGGAUAGUUCCCAAGCGGAAUCGCCGGUGCAGGAGGAUCUGCUGACCACCAAUACACCAAACCUUGGCAGCACGGCGGGCGGUGGAGCGGCCAAUGGUGCGGGCGCAAAUGCGGGAAGUGGAGCGGCGGGCAGUGGUGCCGGAGGAGCCGGUGCCUCUUCGGCGGUGGGUAAUCCCUCGAUGCUGGGUGCCAAUCAGAAUUUCCCGGGCAUUGUCAACCAGGCGCAGCAUUCGGCUGCCUCGGCCUAUGGUGGUGGUUCCGGAGUGGUAGGAGGAGGUCAUGGCAGUGCCGCCGCCGCUGCCGCCGGAUGCAAUGGCUCGCUGUAUCCCGUACUGCCCGCCAGUCUGUUGUACUCCCAACUCUAUACCGCUGCCAAUCAGUCCGCCCAUGGAUUCCAUUCGCACACUUUGCCCGCCCACGCUUCGCCGAACUCCUCCGUUCACGGGGAACUCCAGAGUGUCAUGGAUCAUAUCAGCAAUGUGGGCGUACGGCAGCAGCACAACAUAAUGGCCGGCGGGGGCGUAACCCAUCCGGGUGAUCUGACCCUGAUCGGCAACUGUGGCGCCUCUGUGAGAAAUAUCGAGGACGGGAAUAGCAAUCGGCAGGUGGCCGCCUUAGCUGCCCAUCGCGGCCACCACAAUCCCACCGACAAUGGGGGCAGCGUUUGGAGGCCCUAUUGAGGUCAGGUUCUGU